CCACUCUACUCUAUUCCUCUCUACUCUGUUCCAUUCUGCUCUGUUCCACUCUGCUCUGUUCCACUCUACUCUGUUCCACUCUGCUCUGUUCCACUCUACUCUGCCUGCCAGGAGGAGAGGCAGAGCUGGAUGCAGGUAAGCUGCUCCACUUUAGCUCCUUUUGUGAACGGUGAAUAUGUUGUACUGUACAGUACUUUUCAAUGUGGAAAUUAAUUACACUUAGGAAACUAUUAUGUAGGCUGACAGCAAUUUCUUAAUUGAUUGAUUCGCUAAUAGUGUAAUUGAUAGGCUAGCAGCUAAUCAGUCAGCCAGGGUGCCUCUCUUUUUCUAACCACGGGUCCAGAACAUUGUACAUUAGCGUAGUACAGUUCAUGUCUUCUUCAGUCACCACUGGCUUUGUAGCAAUAUGGCUAAGAGUCUGGACAGCAGGUUUCUCUGUAUGAGCAUCAAUAGCCAAACAGGACAGACCUCAAACAGACUGACUGGCACCCUGGCCACCUUCGGGGUAUUAAUGGUUCAUUAUUAUUAUUAGCACAAUGGAUUCCCUCACUUGUCCCUGUAGUGUGUGUUAAAUGGAGAGGGUUAAAUUCAUUAUCACCAGCCUCUCUGUGAUAGGCUACUCCCCCUCCCUCUCUCACUGGCUGGGAUGUAAAUGUUUACACCAAGGUAGUUUACACAGGAUUACAGUGCGAUAAUCCACUUUAAGUAUUUAGUGACAUGCGCCGCCAUCUGUCCUCUGCUAGCAUGCUGAGAACACAGGUUUAUGCCAGCCAAAGUCCUUCUCAACGACAUUUCUAUGGGAUGGAGAAUAUACCCUGAAUAUGAUAUGAGAGCGUUCUUUCGUGCACGCGUACUUUCACUUUGAUCGGGUCUCUGCUGGCGCGCCAGGUGCUCAUUGAAGGGAGCGAGCGCUGUUGGCGCAAGGUGUGGCGAGUGGACAAAUUUGGCCUUUCUACAAUGAACCGAGGACAAUUCAAUCAGCGUUUGUAAAGCCGCGGACGAAGGGAUAAUACUGGUGAUUAUAAAUGCUGUUAAACUUAAAUAGCGACAUGAAUCAACUUGACCUGAUUUUGAAUGCGUUGUAGUUGUCUUUCAGCUUUGCAAACAGGUGUGAUGGUGUCACGAACUUCCCAAUAGGCCUAUACCAUUGUAUUGUUGGAAAUAAGAUUGAAUUUAACUGGAGCCUACUGUACGCUAAGUAGGCCUAAAUGUCGUUAUAUUGUUAUUUUACACGCUUUAUGUUAUAAUUAGGUAAUUCCAUUUGAUUUUAGCCACUUUUUCACCGCACCACUUUUGAUUUAAACAAAACUUAAUACAUUAUUUGCCCAUGGUAGAAGUGGUCAGAAAGUGAUUUUUUGGGGACCUGAAUGCCAAAACAUUCAGGAGAUAGAGGUACUCAAAGUUGACCCAUUUUGCAUAUUCCACCAUACCAUGAGACGUCCACGUCUUCAUCACUGGAAAAAAAUGAAUAAUGUUUUAAAAGCUUAAAAACAUGGUUAUCAAACAAUUGAAUAACUCCUUGAAAGGUUUUUUAAUAAAUAUUGUCAUUUAUUUUACCUUUUUAAUGUGAAUUCUCAAAUGCAUAAACUCAGAUUUUGUAUUUUCAAAUGUUGUAGUUUAAACCCUAAUUUACAUCAUCUGAGGUAGCCAGAAUAGAUUGUGAGCCUAUGCUUGCUUACAGCUGCACUGGGGUCAGACAGCCUUCCUGUUUAGUUUAAGAGACCAUGUAGCCAGUGCGAGAUAUGGCUUGGAAAACGUACCUCAAUCCAGGGAUGAAAAAUGCAUUGUACUGCGAAUGGUCCCAUUAUCCCAACUGUUACACGAGAAGAUUGAACAAGUGCUAGUUAAGUAAACUAACAUUUUAGUCCGAAUACUAGCUAGCAGUAGCCACAGCAGCCAUUUUGGAAUGGCACAUGGUGUUGAACAACAAAGGAGCUGAUUGGCUGACACUGCCAUUCCAAAAUGGCUGCUGUGGCUUCUGCUACCCAGCAUGAGGACGAAAAGGGCAGUUUUCCUGAAACUAGCAGUCGUUCAAUAUUCUCAGUGUAACAGUUGAGUUCAUGGGACAAUUCGGAGUAGAAAGCAUUUCUCAUCCCUGGAUUGAGGUACGUUUUCCAAGUCAUAUCCCGCGCCGGCUCCGGUGUCUUAAUCUAAACAUGACGUCUGUCUGACCCCAUUGCAGCUGUAAGAAAGCGUAGGGUCAGAAUCUAUUUUGGCUACCUCUGAGGUGUAUGUGAUGUGCCCACCAUCAUUUGAGAUACAGCAUACUCUUGAAUACUGGGUGGGUGUCAUUUCAAUCAUAGAAAUAUAAUUAAUAGAAUGAACCUAUCCCUUCAGACCACUACAAUUUAGCUGGUACACCAUUGACAUUUAAAUUAAAUAGAGAUUUUUACUUCCAAUAACUACCACAAAGAUAUCCGCCGGUCCACCCACUGUCGAAUGUCAGCUUAAAGGCCCCCACCAGAGGGCAAUGCCACCCCUAUUUCGACGUAAUUCCUGUCCUAGAGCGGAAAUUCUAGUUGCUACAGCAAUACCAAGUCAGCUCAUGCCAUGGUUCUCACAGAAGAAGUAAAAUGAUAGAUAGUCUACAAUGACUUUGCUCAUGAUGCACGCCGCAAAUUACAUGUAACAACACCCUGAGCACAUCGGAAACUAAAUGAAACACCGAUACAAAUGUAACAGCAGCACGAAAUAGAUAAGUGGGAAAAAAAUUUGCGGGUGCCAUUUCAUUAUAGGAUAGACACUUGUGGUUUUUAGCUGCACCAAUAAAAGCAGUGGAGUGUGGUCCAAACCAUUCAUCUUGGGGCGAGCGGGGUUCCAAAAUCAUAUCACACUCAAUUUGACCAUUUAUAAAAUGGACACAUUUUUUAAAUACAUAAUAGCUACACAUUUUGAAACUUGACAAAUUAUCCAAUGGAUUAUUUUUGCACCUCCUAUUUUAAUUUGCUCCAUGCUCCAAGUGUAGGCUACAGCAAAAAGCUGUUUGGCUCAGCUCAGUCGCGACUCGCAAAGAGGAAGAAGACUGAAAAGUAUUAGCACGUCAUCUCAUAGGGGAAACACACGGCAUAGACACUGAAAAUAUCUGAAGUGACCAUUUCGGAUUUCCCAAUUCAAGCUGAAAUAUAUUAUACUUUGACUAAGAUGAGAGGGACUUCACACAUUCACCACAAAAUUCUCUAACCACGAGUCAGGAAAAUAGCACACGCACCUGUUGCCACAGACUGUCAUGUUUUAUAUGCAAAUACUCUGAUCAACUCUUUUGCAGAUCUUUUAACACCUUUUAUACAUCACACGUCUCUUUUACAGUCUGUUCCUCUCUUUUUCCUCGAUCAUUUCCUACUCCUGUUCUAAUAGCUCCUCUAGUGGUUAUGAUAGGGCAUGACAGGUUGAAGAAGCCAAAUGUAUCUAUUUUCAAUAUUCUGCAGAGUAGGCAAAAUUACCUGCUUUAUGAACCAACCUUCAGAACUUGGCAGAUGGGAAAUAUAGAUCUGUUUUUUCUGUUUAUAGGUUUUUGUUCAUUGAUUUAUUGAUGGCUUAUUGACUUCAAUCGUUGUGUGACAUCAUGGAUAAGCUAUGGGCACUGUCUUUCAAAACAAUGUUUCCUAUGGAGGAUUGACAGUGUAAUUUAAAACUGAUAUUCCCAUUCAAGUCAACAUUCUCUGUGUGGACCUCCAACCAUCUUUGUGGUACCAUUUGAAAGUAGAAACUUCAAUUUUAUUUCCAUUUCAAUACAUUCAUCAGCCAUAACAUGACACCCACCCUGUAUUCAAGAGCAUUUUGUCUCAACCGAUGGCCGGCACAACACAAACACCUCAGAUUAUGUAAAAUAGGGUCUAAACUACAACCUAUGUGAAAAUAACAAAUAUUUAAUGUUAAAGGCAAAAAAAAAUACAUUUUUUAUUAUUAAGAAUUUGAUAAACCUACUUGUGAGCUUUUAAAUGAUAUCAAACUCAACCAUUUGUCUUUUCAAGUGAGGAAGAAAUGGAUGUCUCAUGGUAUGGUGGGGCAUGCAUAACGGGUCAACUUUGGACACCUCUAUCUCCUGAAUGUUUUGGCAUUCAGGUCCAGAAAGUCACUUUCUGACCACUUCUACCAUGGGCAAAUACACUAUAUAUACAAAAGUAUGUGGACACCCCUUCAAAUUAGUGGAUUCGGCUAUUUCAGCCACACCCGUUGCUGACAGGUGUAUAAAACCGAGCACACAGCCAUGCAAUCUCGAUAGACAAACAUUGGCAGUAGAAUGGCCUUACUGAAGAGCUCAGUGACUUUCAAUGUGGCACCAUCAUAGGAUGCCACCUUUCCAACAAGUCAGUUUGUCAAUUUCUGCCCUGCUAGAGCUGCCCCGGUCUGUAAGUGCUGUUAUUGUGAAGUGGAAACGUCUAGGAGCAACACUGGCUCAGCCGCAAAGUGGUUGGCCACACAAACUCACAGAACGGGACCACUGAGUGCUGAAGCACGUAAAGAUUGUCUGUCCUCUGCAACACUCACUACCAAGUUCCAAACUACCUCUGGAAGCAACGUCGGCACAAAAACUGUUUGUCGGGAGCUUCAUGAAAUGGGUUUCCAUGGCUGAGCAGCCGCACACAAGCCUAAGAUCACCAUGCGCAAUGCCAAGUGUCGGCUGGAGUGGUGUAAAGCUCGCCGCCAUUGGACUCUGGAGCAGUGGAAAAGUUCUCUGGAGUGAUGAAUCAUGCUUCACUAUCUGGCAGUCCCACGGACAAAUCUGGGUUUGGCGGAUGCCAGGAGAACACCACCUGCCCCAAUGCAUAGUCCAACUUUAAAGUUUGGAGGAGGAAUAAUGGUCUGGGGCUGUUUUUCAUGGUUCGGGCUAGGCCCCUUAGUUCCAAUGAAGGGAAAUCUUAAUGUUACAGCAUACAAUGAUAUUCUAGACAAUUCUGUGCUGCAACAGUUUGAGGAAGGCCCUUUCCUGUUUCAGCAUGACAAUGCCCCCGUUCACAAAGCGGGGUCCAUACAGAAAUGGUUUGUCAAUCGGUGUGGAAGAACUUGACUAGCCUGCACAGAGCCCUGACCUCAACCCCAUCGAACACCUUUGGGAUGAAUUCGAACGCUGACUGCGAGUGCCCAACCUCACUAACUCUCUUGUGGCUGAAUGGAAGUAAGUCCCCGCAGCAAUGUUCCAACAUCUAGUGGAAAGGCUUCCCAGAAGAGUGGAGGCUGUAAUAGCAGCAAAGGGGGGACCAACUCCAUAUUAAUGCCCAUGAUUUUAGAAUGAGAUGUUUGAUGAGCAGGUCCACAUACUUUUGGUCAUGUAGUGUAUGUAUGGAAAGUUUCGUUCAAAUCAGAAGGGGUACGGUCAAAAAGGGAUUGUAAACAAAUGGAAUGACCCAAUUGUUAGUAGGUAGGUAACCUCGUCCCCAGGCUAAUUGCGCAUGGCCGGAAGUGUCUGGUGAACAAGGUUAUUAGGUAGUUGGAAGUAGGUUAUGUAAAAUAUAAAAACAACCAAAAUGACAAUUUGAUAUGAAAUACAGAUGUAGCUUCUGCAACCACGCCAAAAGCACCAGUGCCAUUCCAUGACUGUAAUUUUCUCUAGCUUGUUAGCUGACUCCUGUCUCUCGUCUAGUGUGUUUCUCUGUAGACAGUGGAGUUUUAAAGCCUAACUGGAUUGGAAACCGAGGUACCCUCUAAACCUGUCUAAUCAGGGUUACAUGCUGACUUGACUCUCCUUCAUUGAGCUCCAUACCGCUCCUCCAGCCCCAGAUGAUGCGGACGGACAAUAAAGGCCGAAGCGCCUCCCCCCACAGGAAUGCUUACAAGUCUGACUUUCACACCAUCAAAUGCUCCUUGGACACCACGACCAGGCCUAGACCUUCUUCCCUGGGCGCCUCUAUCCCUUCACCUGGCCCCAUGGCAGUCCCUCACACCAGGACUAGCAGUGGGAGUGACCCUGGUGAGGGUACCAGGGGUAGGGCCCUCAGCCCUAGAGGAACUAAGAUCAAAGACAACAUCUUCCUCCAGAUGGACAGCCAACAGCACCUCCUCCACCCCUUAUCUCAGGCCUUGCCCAAACACCCUCUCAGCUCCAGCUCUGUCCGGAGCAGUGUGGCCAGCAUGUCCAGCUUAGAAUCGUCUAUGCUAGAUAAACCGUCUAAGGCAGAGGAGUUAGCAGAGAUAGAUAGAGCUGCUCUAGCCCAGAAAUUCUCGGUGACCCGGAAGCUCUUUGAGACGGUCAGUGGGGGUCAACGUAUAAAGGUCAGCCCUGGCAGAGAGAGCAGGGGUUCGGUGGAAGAGAGUGGGGAGGAAAGGGGGCAGCUGACAUCCAUGUCAGAAAGCGAAGGAAAGGGUGAGAGAAGGAGAGUGCGAGAGGAAAGAGAACUCAUGAACAUUUCUCUACCCAACAUAGCACUCCAUACACCCACUUCCUCACUAGACACCAGCUUGCCUACACCCCUUCACCCUGUUAAUGGUCACUCCAGUGAGACAUUUUCCCCUGAUGGUUCAAGUCCUACAACUGACCCCUCAGACAGCGGGAGUGUGUGCGAAAGAAGUGUUUUAGAUGGGAGUGUGUGUGAGGACUUUGUGGUCUUCCAUGUAUCCAACCCUUGUAGCCCAGCAACCAGCUCCCCCCACUCUCAGCCUCCAUCCCCUUCUUACAACUCCCCUAGUCCUCUCACUCCAGUCUCCCCCUGUUCUGACCAGACUGACCUUUAUAGCUUUAGUAGUCCUAAUGCUGACCCCCUGGACAACAGGAACCACCCUAAUGACCUUUACAUGACCCCUGGUGUCCCUUUGACCCCCAAAGAGGGGUCAGGGGCUGGGACUGUAAGGGCGGAACUAGUGGAGGUGAAGAACGAGUCGUCUGAGAGCGAAGGUAACGAAGGAGAGGAAGAGGACACCAUAAAGGAAGAGACUAUGAAGGAAGAGGAGGAAAGCACAAGGGGGGACGGCAAUGAGAAUAACCUGGUGGAUGAGCUGUUUGAAGAAUCCAGAGUGGAACCUCGAAUGGUUGAACCUACAUCGGAACAAAGAACAGUAGAACCUAGAAUGGUGGAACAGAGAAUGGUUGAACCUCCAGUAGAACCCAGAAUGGUAGUGUGUGUGGAGGGAUUCCCUGACAGUCCUGAGGUGACAGAACAGGAAAAUGAAUCAGAAAGAGACAUGAACCAGCAGGUGACAGAACAGAGGGAGAGGCGAAUGGAGGGAGAAAACAGACUGAUCAGCCAAGAAAUAGAGCAGUACAGAGAAGAGGGGACAACUGGAGACGGUGAGAGAGAGAAAGUGGAGGUAGGGACGGAAGAAGGAGAUGAGGCAGGAGAGCAGGAGGAGGAAAAGAAAGUUGAAGAGAGAGAAAGAAUGUGCAGUGACAGCAAAGAAGAGAAGAGGGAGGUGAGAGAGGGAGAGGAGGAAGCGAAAGAGAAGGCCGGAUUGGUGGAUGGAGGGAUCGACUUCAGGGAAAAGGAGGAAGGAGCCAGAGAGGAAGAGAAGAGGAAGUGCAGAGGGAGAGUGGAAGGGAAGGAAGGGCAGGAGAGGGAAGAGAGGGAAGAGAGGGAAGAGAGGGAAGAGAGGGAGUGCACCGAGAGAGGAGAUGAGAAGAAUGGAUCUGCUGUCGUCCUUGGGAUUGAGAAUGAGGCCUUCGUGAAAGACUGGGAACGAGAUUCAGAGUGUCAUGACGAUUUGGAAUGGCACAGAGAGGGCUGGGAGCAGCUCUCUAUGGAAUAUGAGGAGAUUCCCGGUCUUCCCCAUGAGGAUGAUGAUGAUUCUGCUAAGAGGAGGAAUAUCAAAUUCUCUACAGCACCAAUGAAGGUAAACCCCCCCCACCCACCCACCCAAUCGCAUUCACCCCAUUAGGUUUGAUAAAUUGGUACCAUAUUUUGAUUGAGAGAGUAAGUCUGGCCCAGUCCCAUAGUUGGGGUAAGAUGAAAACCAUGGCUAGAACAGAUGAAGAGUGAAGGGCUUAUGAAUAGAUGGACAAUAUGAACCUACAGCCAGUAUAAUUCUAUCCCAUUAGGUUGAGAGGAGACAGAGGCAAUAUCUCACUGUGAUAUAUCAACAGCAGAGCAUUCCUCCCCUAGGACAAGUGUUCGCUCCCAUGUGUAACCAUACUGCAAGUGAGGUUAUUUUAGGGCCACAUAAUGAAUGUUUUUGUCCAGUAAGGAUUUUAAAUCUUCCAGACAUCUCAGGCCCUGUGUGGCUGCCAAGUAUACUGAGAGCCUUACUGGGUACGGCACAGUUGGCACACAUUUCACCGGGGGGGUGUUUAGGGUAUAAUUACUGUUCGAGGACCAUUUUGUCUAAGAUGUUCCCUGCCUCUGGGAUUGAACUGCAGUAGAGUACAUGGAUUUGCAAAGCUUUGUGUGUUAAGACUAUGCAUCUGCUACAGCUUGUUUCCAAUCCCAUCUCACACCCCAGUCCUACUGGAGGAUCUGACAACAUAAACAGGAUGGUCAUGGUGUGCUAGCAAUAACUCCAGAUAGCAGUGGCUAGUCAGGAUCCAGACAGCCAAAGACAUGCAUACAUACACACACACACAACUUGACUAUGAAAGAUAUAAUGGUGUGUGUACACUCAGGUGUUCCUGACCUACUCAAAUGCAGACUAUGACAGGCGUAACGAUGACAUUGACCCUGUGUCUGCCUCUGCUGAGUAUGAGCUGGAGAAGAGAGUGGACAAGAUGGACGUCUUCCCUGUCCAGAUAAAGAAAGGUUGCUCGCUCUCCUCUAUUGCUCUCCUCUAUCGCUCUCCACUCCUCUCUCGCUCUCCUCUAUCGCUCUCCUCUAUCGCUCUCCACUCCUCUCUCGCUCUCCUCUAUCGCUCUCCUCUAUCGCUCUCCUCUAUCGCUCUCCUCUCUCGCUCUCGCUCUCCUCUCUCGCUCUCCUCUUCGCUCUCCUCUCUCGCUCUCCUCUCUCGCUCUCGCUCUCCUCUUCGCUCUCCUCUCUCGCUCUCCUCUCUCGCUCUCCUCUCUCGCUCUCCUCCUCUCUCUCUCCUCUAUCGCUCUCCUCUAUCGCUCUCCCACUGUUCUUUACCACUUCCUUUAUAUUCCUCUCUCCUUACCUCUCUACUGCUCUCUCACUCCCUUUACCAGCCUCUCUCUCUCUCUCUCGCUCUCUUUACUUCUCUGUUUUAACACCUUGUCUUUGUCUAACUCCCCCUCCUGUCUGUCUGUGUAGGAGAGGAGGGUCUGGGUAUCAGUAUAAUAGGGAUGGGGGUAGGGGCUGACCAGGGGCUGGAGAAGUUGGGGAUCUUCGUUAAGACCAUAACAGAGAAUGGAGCUACACAACAGGACGGACGGUAAGAAUCUGAUCUAAAGUCAGUGAUGCCUUUCUAAUGGUUAGGAUGUGAGUGUCGUGCUGUAAGCUGAUCCUAAAUAUGUGUGUGUGUGUUAGUAUUCAGGUGAAUGACCAGAUAGUGGAGGUGGAUGGGGUCAGUCUGGUUGGAGUCACACAGCUGUUUGCUGCCACCGUGCUGAAGAACACAAUUGGCACUGUCAGGUAUGCACGCACAGGCAGGCACGUGCACACACUUUCUCUCUGCCGAUUGGUUGUGUGACUUAACACAGGGUCCUGAUUUGUCAUUAUCCCUCACUGCAGGUUUUUUAUUGGACGGGAGAAGCAGGGGGAGGAGAGUGAGGUGGCUCGUCUAAUCACUGAGAGUCUGGAGCAGGACAAGAGACCAUCCACAGUAAAGGUAGGUAGGGGUGUGACUGUCCCUACAGUAGAGGUGUGACUGUCCCUACAGUAGAGGUGUAACUGUCCCUACAGUAGAGGUGUGACUGUCCCUACAGUAGAGGUGUGACUGUCCCUACAGUAGAGGUGUGACUGUCCCUACAGAAGAGGGAGGUAGGAGUGUGACUGUCCCUACAGUAGAGGGAGGUAGGAGUGUGACUGUCCCUACAGUAGAUGUGUGACUCUCCCUACAGUAGAGGUGGGUAGGGGUGUGACUGUACCUACAGUAGAGGUAGGUAGAGGUGUGACUGUCCCUACAGUAGAGGUGUGACUAUCCCUACAGUAAAGGUAGGUAAGGGUGUGACUGUACCUACAGUAGAGGUGUGACUAUCCCUACAGUAGAGGUGUGACUGUCCCUACAGUAGAGGCAUGUAAGGGUGUGACUGUCCCUAGAGUAGAGGUAGGUAGGGGUGUGACUGUACCUACAGAAGAGGUAGGUAGGGGUGUGACUGUACCUACAGUAGAGGGAGGUAGGGGUUUGACUGUACCUACAAUAGAGGUGUGACUGUCCCUACAGUAGAGGUGGGUAGGGGUGUGACUGUCCCUACAGUUGAGGUGUGACUGUCCCUACAGUAGAGGUGUGACUGUCCCUACAGUAGAGGUGUGACUGUACCUACAGUAGAGGUAGGUAGGGGUGUGACUGUCCCUACAGUAGAUGUGUGACUCUCCCUACAGUAGAGGUGGGUAGGGGUGUGACUGUACCUACAGUAGAGGUAGGUAGAGGUGUGACUGUCCCUACAGUAGAGGUGUGACUAUCCCUACAGUAAAGGUAGGUAAGGGUGUGACUGUACCUACAGUAGAGGUGUGACUGUACCUACAGUAGAGGUGUGACUAUCCCUACAGUAGAGGUGUGACUGUCCCUACAGUAGAGGCAUGUAAGGGUGUGACUGUCCCUACAGUAGAGGUAGGUAGGGGUGUGACUGUACCUACAGUAGAGGUGUGACUGUACCUACAGAAGAGGUAGGUAGGGGUGUGACUGUACCUACAGUAGAGGUGUGACUGUACCUACAGAAGAGGUAGGUAGGGGUGUGACUGUACCUACAGUAGAGGGAGGUAGGGGUUUGACUGUACCUACAAUAGAGGUGUGACUGUCCCUACAGUAGAGGUAGGUAGGGGUGUGACUGUCCCUACAGUAGAGGUGUGACUGUCCCUACAGUAGAGGUGUGACUGUCCCUACAGUAGAGGUGUGACUGUCCCUACAGUAGAGGUGUGACUGUCCCUACAGUAGAGGUGUGACUGUACCUACAGUAGAGGGAGGUAGGGGUGUGACUGUACCUACAGUAGAGGUGGGUAGGGGUGUGACUGUCCCUACAGUAGAGGUGGGUAGGGGUGUGACUGUACCUACAGUAGAGGUGUGACUGUACCUACAAGAGGUGAGACCCACUAUAGGUGUGACUGUCCCUACAGUAGAGGGUGUGACUGUACCUACAGUAGAGGUAGGUAGGGGUUGACUGUACCUACAUAGAGGAUGGGGGUGACUGUCCCUACAGUAGAGGUGGGUAGGGGUGUGACUGUCCCUACAGUAGAGGUGUGACUGUACCUACAGUAGAGGUGUGACUGUACCUACAGUAGAGGUGUGACUGUACUUACAGUAGAGGUGGGUAGGGGUGUGACUGUACCUACAGUAGAGGUGUGACUGUACCUACAGUAGAGGUGUGACUGUACCUACAGUAGAGGUGUGACUGUACCUACUAAGUAGGUAGGGUGUGACUGUACCUACAGUAGAUGGUGUGACUUCCCUACAGUAGAGGUGGUAGGGGUGUGACUGUACCUACAGUAGAGUGUACUGUUAAGUAGAGGUGUGACUGUACCUACAGUAGAGGUGUGACUGUACCUACAGUAAAGGUAGGUAGGGGUGUGACUGACCUACAGUAGAGGUGUGACUGUACCUACAGUAGAGGUGGCGCUACGAGGGUGUGACUGUACCUACAGUAGAGGUGUGACUGUACCUACAGUAGAGGUAGGUAGGGGUGUGACUGUACCUACAGUAGAGGUGUGACUGUACCUACAGUAGAGGUGGGUAGGGGUGUGACUGUACCUACAGUAGAGGUGUGACUGUACCUACAGUAAAGAGGUAGGUUGACUGUCCCUACAGUAGAGGUGACUGACUACAGUAGGGGUGUUGACUGUACCUACAUAGAGUAGGUGUGACUGUCCCUACAGUAGAGGUGGGUAGGGGUGUGACUGUCCUACAGUAGAGGUGUGACUGUACCUACAGUAGAGGUGUGACUGUCCUACAGUAGAGUGUCGGGUGACUGUCCCUACAGUAGAGGUGUGACUGUCCCUACAGUAGAGGUAGGUAGGGGUGUGACUGUACCUACAGUAGAGGAGGUGGGUUACGUACCUCGUAGAGGGGUUGGUGACUGUCCCUACAGUAGAGGUGGGUAGGGGUGUGACUGUACCUACAGUAGAGGUGUGACUGUACCUACAGUAGCGGUGUGACUGUACCUACAGUAGAGGUGUGACUGUACCCUACAGUAGAGGGUAGGAUGUAGUAGGGUGUGACUGUACCUACAGUAGAGGUGAGGUAGGGGUGUGACUGUACCUACAGUGAGGUGGGUUAGGGGGUGUGACUGUCCCUACAGUAGAGGUGGGUAGGGGUGUGACUGUACCUACAAAGUAGAGGUGUGACUGUCCUACAGUAGAGGUGUGACUGUCCUACAGUAGAGUGUGGUGACUGUACCUACAGUAGAGGUGUGACUGUACCUACAGUAAGGUGGUAGGUGGGGACUGUACCUACGUAGAGGUGGGUAGGGGUGUGACUGUACCUACAGUAGAGGGGUGGUGACUGUCCUACAGUGAGGGGUAGGGGGACUGUACCCUACAGUAGAGGUGGGUAGGGUGUGACUGUACCUACAGUAGAGGUGUGACUGUACAUAAGUAGGGUGUGACUGUCCUACAGUAGAGGUGGGUGGGUGUGACUGUACUACAGUAGAGGGUGUGACUGUACCUACAGUAGAGGUGGGAGGGGUGUGACUGUACCUACAGUAGAGGGGGUAGGGUGUGACUGUCCUACAGUAGAGGUGUGACUGUACCUACAGUAGAGGUGUGAGUGCUACCUACAGUAGAGGUGGGUAGGGGUGUGACUGUACCUACAGUAGGGUGGUGACUGUACCUACAGUAGAGGAGGUAGGGUGUGACUGUCCUACAGUAGAGGUGUGACUGUCCCUACAGUAAAGGGGAGUGUGACUGUCCUACAGUAGAGUGGGUAGGGUGUGACUGUACCUACAGUAGAGGUGGGUAGGGGUGUGACUGUACCUACAGUAGAGGGUGUGACUGUACCUACAGUAGAGGUGUGGUGUCUAUAGAGGUGUGACUGUACCUACAGUAGAGGUGGGUAGGGGUGGACUGUACCUACAGGUAGGGUGUGACUGUACCUACAGUAGAGGUGGGUAGGGGUGUGACUGUACCAGUAAGGUGUAGGGGUGUGACUGUACCUACAGUAGAGGGGUAGGGUUGACUGUCCCUACGUGAGGUGGUAGGGGGUACUGUCACGUACAGUAGAGGUGGGUAGGGGUGUGACUGUACCUACAGUAGAGGGGUAGGGUGUGACUGUCCUACAGUAGAGGGUAGGGUGACUGUUGAGGUGUGACUGUCCCUACAGUAGAGGUGGGUAGGGGUGUGACUGUACCUACAGUAGAGGUGGUAGGGGUGUGACUGUACCUACAGUAGAGGUGGGUAGGGGUGUGACUGUACCUACAGUAGAGGUGGGUAGGGGUGUGACUGUACCUACAGUAGAGGUGGUGACUGUCCCUACAGUAGAGGUGGGGUGUGAUGUGUGGUGUGACUAUCCCUACAGUAGAGGUGGGUAGGGGUGUGACUGUACCUACAGUAGAGGUGGGUAGGGGUGUGACUGUACCUACAGUAGAGGGAGGUAGGGGUGUGACUGUCCCUACAGUAGAGGUGUGACUGUCCCUACAGUAGAGGUGGGUAGGGGUGUGACUGUACCUACAGUAGAGGUGGGUAGGGGUGUGACUGUACCUACAGUAGAGGUGGGUAGGGGUGUGACUGUACCUACAGUAGAGGGAGGUAGGGGUGUGUCACUGAUUACUCCUACAGUAGAGGUGGGUAGGGUGUGACUGUACCUACAGUAGAGGUGUGACUGUACUACAGUAGAGGGUAGUGUGACUGUACCUACAGUAGAGGUGGUAGGGGUGUGACUGUACCUACAGUAGAGUGGGUAGGGGUGUUGUUACUGGUACUAUCCACGUAGAGGGAGGUAGGGGUGUGACUGUCCUACAGUAGAGGUGGUGGGUGUGACUGUCCCUACAGUAGAGGUGGGUAGGUUCCCGUGUGUGGGGUGACUGUCCUACAGUAGAGGUGGGUAGGGGUGUGACUGUACCUACAGUAGAGGGAGGUGGGGUAGUUGUAGUGUGACGUACCUACAGUAGAGGGGGUAGGGGUGUGACUGUACCUACAGUAGAGGUGGGUAGGGGUGUGACUGUACCUACAGUAGAGGUGUGACUGUACCUACAGUAGAGGUGGGUAGGGGUGUGACUGUACCUACAGUAGAGGUGGGUAGGGGUGUGACUGUACCUACAGUAGAGGUGGGUAGGGGUGUGACUGUACCUACAGUAGAGGUGGGUAGGGGUGUGACUGUACCUACAGUAGAGGGAGGUAGGGGUGUGACUGUCCCUACAGUAGAGGUGUGACUAUCCCUACAGUAGAGGGAGGUAGGGGUGUGACUGUACCUACAGUAGAGGUGGGUAGGGGUGUGACUGUACCUACAGUAGAGGUGGGUAGGGGUGUGACUGUACCUACAGUAGAGGUGGGUAGGGGUGUGACUGUACCUACAGUAGAGGUGGGUAGGGGUGUGACUGUCCCUACAGUAGAGGUGGGUAGGGGUGUGACUGUCCCUACAGUAUGGGUAGGGUGUGACUGUCUACAGUAGAGGGGGUAGGGGUGUGACUGUACCUACAGUAGAGGUGGGGGUUAAGGGGGUGUGACUGUACCUACAGUAGAGGGAGGUAGGGGUGUGACUGUACCUACAGUAGAGGUGGGUAGGGGUGUGACUGUCCCUACAGUAGAGGUGGGUAGGUGGGGUUGUGUGUGACUGUACCUACAGUAGAGGUGUGAGUCUAGGUGGAUAUCCCUACAGUAGAGGUGUGAGGCUAAGUGGGUGUGUGUGACUGUCCUACAUACGAGUAGAGGGUGACGUCUAGGGAGGUUGGUGACUGUACCUACAGUAGAGGUGGGUAGGGGUGUGACUGUACCUACAGUAGAGGUGGGUAGGGGUGUGACUGUACUACAGUAGAGGUGACUGUACUGGGGUGACGCCCUGUGGACUGCUACAGUAGAGGUGGGUAGGGGUGGGACUGUCCCCACAGUAGAGGUGUGACUGUACCCUACAGUAGAGGUGGGUAGGGGUGUGACUGUACCUACAGUUAGAGGUGGGUUACGUAGGGGUGUGACUGUACACUACAGUAGAGUGGGUAGGGGUGGAUGCCUACAGUAGGGGUGGGGGUGACUCGUAAUCCCCACAGUAGAGGUGGGUAGGGGUGUGACUGUACCUACAGUAGAGGUGGUGUACAGUGGGUGUAGUGUGACUGUACCUACAGUAGAGUUGUGAGUGGGAGGGGUGACUGUCCCUACAGUAGAGGUGGGUAGGGGUGUGACUGUACCUACAGUAGAGGUGGGUAGGGGUGUGACUGUUGUGACUCCUACAGUAGAGGUGGGUAGGGGUGUGACUGUCCCUACAGUAGAGGUGGGUAGGGGUGUGACUGUACCUACAGUAGAGGUGGGUAGGGGUGUGACUGUACCUACAGUAGAGGUGGGUAGGGGUGUGACUGUACCUACAGUAGAGGGAGUAGGGGAGUUAGUGAGGUGUGACUGUACCUACAGUAGAGGUGGGUAGGGGUGUGACUGUACCUACAGUAGAGGUGGGGGGGUGAGUAGGGGGUAGGGGUGUGACUGUACCUACAGUAGAGGGGGUAGGGGUGUGACUGUCCCUACAGUAAGGGGAGGUGUGACUGUACCUACAGUAGAGGUGGGUAGGGGUGUGACUGUCCCUACAGUAGAGGUGGUAGGGGUGAUGUACCCUACAGUAGAGGUGGGUAGGGUGUGACUGUACCUACAGUAGAGGUGGGUAGGGGUGUGACUGUACCUACAGUAGAGGUGGGUAGGGGUGUGACUGUCCCUACAGUAGAGGUGUGACUGUACCUACAGUAGAGGGGGUAGGGGUGUGACUGUACCUACAGUAGAGGUGGGUAGGGGUGUGACUGUACCUACAGUAGAGGGAGGUAGGGGUGUGACUGUACCUACAGUAGAGGUGGGUAGGGGUGUGACUGUAGUACAGUAGAGUGGGUAGGGGUGUGACUGUCCCUACAGUAGAGGUGGGUAGGGGUGUACUGUACUCAUAGGUGGUAGGGGAUGUCUCGUGAGGGGUAGGGGUGUGACUGUACCUACAGUAGAGGUGGUAGGGGUGUGACUGUCCCUACAGUAGAGGUGGCUGUCCUAAAUAGUGGUAGGGUGUGACUGUCCCUACAGUAGAGGUGGGUAGGGGUGUGACUGUCACCUACAGUAGAGGUGGGUAGUGUGGACUGUACCUACAGUAGAGGUGGGUAGGGGUGUGACUGUACCUACAGUAGAUGGGUAGGUGACUGUCCUACAGUAAGGAGUGGGUGUAGUCUUACAGUGAGUUGUGACUAUCCUACGUAGAUUGGGGUGUCUGACUACUAGAGUUAGGAGGGAUUUACAGUAGGGAGUAUGUGACUGAAACCUAUAGAGUGGUAGGUUCUGCUACAUGAGGUGGUACGGGGUGUGGUGUCCUACAGUGAUGGUGGUGUGAAGUGUAGGUGGUAGGUUUGUGCUGACUCAGUGGGGGAGGAUGUGAUGUCCCUACAGUAGAGGUUGAUCUUCACCAUGACAGUAAGGUGUUGGGCGUGUAUGUACUAAUAAUGGGGGGGGUGCUCUAGUGUAGACGUACACUGUUACCCCUCAGUAGGCUUCUAGUAUCUGUAGAUGGGUAGAUCUGGAGAUGUGGUGUUUUCAUGUGUGUAUUGGUCUCUCCUUAGCUCCAGUUAAAAGUCAGGACCAAAUCAGACGAACUCUGCCUAGCGUGGGAGAAGGUAGGUCACUGACGAGACUGUCAAAACACAUGCUCACUCACUCACUGCCUCCCUCAGAGCAGUCUGACCCAUUUAGCUCUGUGUGAGACGUACCUCUCUAACGGUCUACAGUCUGAGCUAUUAGCACAGAGGCCAUGUUCCAAUCACCUUGAAAAUAUAGAAUUUCUCUUGCUAUCACUGAUCGGAUCUGACAUGACGGCAUUGGUUAAAGCUAUUUAAUGUAGGCCUCUGCUUUCACUUAUACAACUAUGUUAGAUUAGUGAUUAUUUAGGAAAAAGGAAGGCUGGAUCUUCAAGGUAUUGAAACAUGGCUGUUUUUGGGGUGUUUAGUAGAAUGGGAGGGAAGUGUCUAAGGGGAGUAUCUAGGGAUGAGAGCUAGAUGAAGGGCUCAUGGUAUGGAUGCUAGGGAACUGGGUACCCACCCACCCACCUACCUGUGUCUGUCUGUCCUCCAGCUGAGGGUGUGUGAGGAGCAGCAGGCCUCGUGGGAGAGUCAUCAGGCUGAGCUGAAGGAACGUGUCCAGGAUGGAGAGGAGAAGGCUGACAAACUAGAGAAGUAAUCAUCAAUUACCCAGAUCUACCAGUCACUAAAUUUAGUAUGAUUAUGAACAAAUUAUGGCGACGAUGGUGGAAAUUAUGAUUUGUAUUUAUUAAGGAUCCCAAUUAGUUGCUACCAAGGCAGCAGCUACUCUUCCUGGGGUCCAGCAACAUUAAGGCAGUUAUAUACCAUUUUGAAAACAUUACAUUUCACAACACGUUGUGUGCCCUCAGGCCACUACUGCACUACCACACAUCUACAACACAAAAUCCAUGUGUACGGGUGUGUAUAGUGCUUAUGUUAUCGUGUGUGUCUCUUCACAGUCCCCGCUGUUCCAUAAGGUGCAUCUUUAUCUGUUUUUUAAAUCUAAUUUUACUGCUUGCGUGAGUUACUUGAUGUGGAAUAGAGUUCCAUGUAGCCAUGGCUCUAUGUAGUACUGUGCGCCUCCCAUAGUCUGUUCUGGACUUGGCGACUGUGAAGAGACCUCUGGUGGCAUGUGUUGUGGGGUAUGAGACCGGCUUCAUUAAAUAGUACCCGCAAAACACCAGUCUCAACGUCAACAGUGAAGAGGCAACUCCGUGAUGCUGACCUUCUAGGCAGAGUUGCAAAGAAAAAGCCAUAUCUCAGACAGCCCAUCUUAAUCAGUUGAGGACCUGUGAGGUGCCUGUUUCUCAAACUAGACACUCUAAUGUAUUUGCCCUCUUGCUCAGUUGUGCACCGGGGCCUCCCACUCCUCUUUCUAUUCUGGUUAGAGCCAGUUUGCGCUGUUCUGUGGAAGGGAGUAGUACACAGCGUUGUACGAAAUCUUCAGUUUCUUGGCAAUUUCUCGCAUGGAAUAGCCUUCAUUUCUCAGAACAAGAAUAGACUGACGAGUUUCAGAAGAAAGUUCUUUGUUUCUGGCCAUUUUGAGCCUGUAAUCGAACCCACAAUUGCUGAUGCUCCAGAUACUCAACUACUCUCAAGAAGGCCAGUUUUAUUGCUUCUUUAAUCAGCACAACAGUUUUCAGCUGGGCUAACAUAAUUGCAAAAGGGUUUUCUAAUGAUCAAUUAGCCUUUUAAAAUGAUAAACUUGGAUUAGCAAACACAACGUGCCAUUGGAACACAGGACUGAUGGUUGAUGAUAAUGGGCCUCUGUACGCCUAUGUAGAUAUUCCAUUAAAAAUCAGCCGUUUCCAGCUACAAUAGCCAUUUACAACAUUAACAAUGUCUACACUGUAUUUCUGAUCCAUUUGAUGUUAUUUUAAUGGACAAAUAAAUUGCUUUUCUUUUGAAAACAAGGACAUUUCUAAGUGACCCCAAACUUUUGAACGGUAGUGUAUAUUAUUAAUGUUAGCUCUCCGUGUACAUUUAAGGGCCAGCCGUGUUGCCCUGUUCUAGGCCAGUUGUAAUUUUCCUAAGUCCCUCUUUGUGGCACUUGACCACACGACUGGACAGUAGUCCAGAUGCGACAAAACUAGGGCCUGUUGGACCUGCCUUCUCCCCAUCUUAGCUACUGUUGCAUCAAUAUGUUUUGACAGUUUACAAUCCUGGGUUACACCAUGCAGUUCAGUGUCCUCAACUUGCUCAAUUUCCACAUUAUUCAUUACAAGAUUUAGUUGAGGAUUAGGGUUUAGUGAAUGAUUUGUCCCAAAUACAAUGCUUUUAGUUUUUGAAAUAUUUAGGACUAACUUAUUUCUUGCCACCCAUUCUGAACCUGACUGCAGCUCUUAGUUAAGUGUUGCAGUGAUUUCACUUACUGUGGUAGCUGACGUGUAUAGUGUGGAGUCAUCAGCAUACAUAGACACACUGGCUUUACUCAGAGCCAGUGGCAGGUCAUUAGUAAAUAUUGAAAAAAGUAAGGGGUCUAGACACCUGCCCUGGGGAAUGCCUGACUCUACCUGGAUUAUGUUGGAGAGGCUUCCAUUAAAGAACACCCUCUGUGUUCUGUUAGACAGGUAACUCUCAAUCCAGCAGUCCAGCAGCAGAUUAGGAUUGAUAAUGCCAAAAGCUGCACUGAAGUCUAACAAAAAAGCUCCCACAAUCUUUUUAUCAAUUUCGCUCAGCCAAUCAGUAAUUUGUGUAAGUGCCGUACAUGUUGAAUGCCCUUCCUUAUAAGCGUGCUGAAAAUCUGUUGUUAAUUUGUUUACUGUGAAAUAGCAUUGUAUCUGGUCAAACAUAAUUUUUCCCAAAAGUUUAGUAAGGGUUGGUAACAGGCUGAUUGGUCGGCUGUUUGAGCCAGUAAAGGGUGCUUUGCUAUUCUUGGGUAGCGGAAUUACUUUUGCUUCCCUUCAGGCCUGAGGGCACACACUUUCCUGUAGGCUUAAAUUGAAGAGAUGGCAAAUAGGAGUGGUAAUAUAGUCUGCUAUCAUCCUCAGUCAUUUUCCAUCCAAGUUGUCAGACCAUGAUGAUGUACAUAAUGAUGAUGAAUGUGAUUCUUCUUCAUCUAGGUACUGGCAGGAGGCCCAGGCUCUGUGCAGGAUUGUGAACCAGCGAUUGGCUGACACCCAGAGCCAAUUAGACAGCCUGGAGUUGAAAUACAGCAAGGCCAAGAGACUGCUGAGGGAAUUCCAACACAGGUGAGCUCUGGGUAACGUAAUCAACAGUUAACAUGCCCCUGUAGGCCAAUUGGUUAUAUUCACUGCCAGUUUAGGAAGUCUAUUUCUCUCUGUGUCUGAUGGUCCCUCUGUCCCUGUGCAGGGAGAAGGAGAGCGAGGGGAGAGGGGAAGAGCUGAAGAGGGAGCUGGAGGAGCUGCAGAGGGAGAUGGAGGAGAGAGAGAAGAGACACGCAGAGACUGUGGAGAGACUCCAAAGACGGGUGAGACUGGAGGAGACAACGUGACCUGUCGUGUACUGCUACUACCUGAGUGAACUAAGCAUUUCUUCCUCUGUGUUCAGAUAGGUCAUCUGGAGCGAGGGGAGAUGGUCCCUGAGAGUAACAACCAAUCACUGGACACCUCAUUUACCUCAAGUAAGACACUGCCCCUCAGGUAGUGUGUGUGUGUGUCACUGUGUGUAUUGUGCCUCUCACGCUAUGUGUGUUUCAGGUGCAGACUGGAGCAUUGCGGUGCCUGUGACAGGUCUGUUAGACACCAGCGCUCACAGGGCCAGAGCACAGCUCGCCCAAAAAGCCAAGAGACACCCUCCCUCACGAGACAAACUCAGAGAGUCCUUCAGACAACAGGUCAGACUCUCUCUCUCUCUCACGCACUCACUCUCUCACGCACUCACACUGAAUUUUCUAUCACUCCCUGUAGGGUGAGGAAGACCAUAUUCAGAGCUGUGAUGGGAAGAGCCAAUCGCUGACUGCGAUCGCACCCCGAGAGACGGGACGAUCCGUCUCAGCAGGAGGUCACCGUGUCCACUCCAGCACCUCCUCUCUGUCUGCCCUCACCCCACAGUCCCAUCCCCCCUCCUCUCUCCUCACCCCCCAGCCAGGCCCGUCCCCCCCUAAUGAGGACAACUCAUCUACCACACGCAAAUCAAAGAGGAGAUUGCCUGACUUUAGGUAGGGCACACACCAGAUCAUCUUGUAGUCAUAAUGUACAGCAAGCCCAAAUCAACCCCUAACCCCCUUUCCCCUAGGCACUUUGUGUAGAUCUGAGAAGAUUAGAUAUGUAUAAGCAAUAUGGUAAUAGCUCCACCUCCUAACCUCUCUGUUCUUCUGCCCUAUAGCGGCCUCCGCAAGUCUCUGAGGAGAGGGAGGAAGAGUGAGGAGAAGAAGAACAAGGAAAGGUCCCUGCACCACAGGUACAAGAAAUAACACUACGGAACUAGCAGAGGAAACGGGUACAUUCAAUACUAUGCACACACCGGGUACAGUCAAUACUAUGCACACACCGGGUACAGUCAAUACUAUGCACACACCAGGUACAGUCAAUACUAUCCACACACCGGGUACAGUCAAUACUAUGCACACACCGGGUACAGUCAAUACUAUGCACACACCGGGUACAGCAAUUUCUAUUUACACACACAUUACAUUUCUUCUUUCAGUGUUUCUGCCAUCCCCGUAUUUGACUGUUGUGUGUUCCUCUGUCUCCAGGGGUUUAUGUGUUGACCUGGUAGAUGACCCCAGCAGUGGUGUGUCUCCCUCGGUCUCCUCCAUGCCCUCCUGGCUGCCCUUCUCCUGGUUCGGAGAGCGAGGGAGGGAGAGGGAGAAGAAGAAGAAGGAGAGAGAGAAGGAGAGAGAGAAGCUUAGGUCUGUCUCCAGCGGCAGUCUACCGUACAUGACCACCGGAAACAGUAGAGACUGCCAGGUGAGAGGGGAGUCUCACACACACACACUCUUAACACCUGAGGCCUUCCAUCUGACUACCCUGGACUUUAAAUCUCAUUUCGUCUCUAAGCACUUGUCCAGCUCAAUAUCUUAGUGGCUUAUUAACUGGUAUGUUUUGUAUGCUUAUUUCACGUGGUGCCUUUCAAUUUACACUCUCCUCUACACGCUCUUGACUGUGUAGGUGUGCAAGCGUGCACUUCAGUGUGUGUCAGUCACAAAUGUAUUUGCUCAUUCUAGAGAGUGAAUGUAGCAGACCCAGGUAGUCCCAGCUCUGCUCUCCUAUCAGAGAUGCUGUCAGAUCUGUCUCUCUCUGCACGCUCUCAAACUCUCACCUUCUCCUCCUCAGAGGUGAGUCUCUCCCUCUCUCUCCAUCUCUCACGUGGUCUCUCUCCCUGUCUAUCUCUGUUCUCUCUGACCUGAUUUCUGUUCUAGUUUUCUACCAUGCCCUGUUUAAAUUUUCUCCUCUCUGUAGCUCAUAGGGCUGGAUAGGAUAGUGAUUUACUUCCCCCUGAAUGACCCAGAAUGGGAUGGAAUUUUAUUAAGGUGUUAGUUACUUUUUAAUUACAAAAAGGUUUGUUAUACAUCUUACUGUUGGGUUUGUGUGUGUCUGUCUGGCACGUCCCUCUCCGUAGAACCUGGAUGAUGACUCAGUUUGUAACGAUUACCAAUGGCAAAGCCGACCCCUGGACCAAUGGACCAAUCAGCAGGUCUGUCUGUGGUUGAUUGGCAUGAGCAUGGACCAAUACGCAGCCCAGUUCACAGCCAAUGGUGUGGAUGGGCUGCAACUUCUCAGUCUGGACAACAACAAACUCAAGGUAGGUUUGUUCUACAGGGAGUCACUGGCCAUGUCUCUAUACUGUUAGACUGCAUCAUCUCCUCACCUUCUGUCCUGAUUAGUUGAAAUCAUAGACAAUAAUCUAUGGUUGAAAUGACUGAAUAGGUUUCCCUUCCUCCUGCCAGAUCAUUGACCAUUGAGGAGAGGAAAGGGGGGCUAGAGUAUUGCGACACAGCCCUAGAUUUAGAUGAAUGAGUUCAUUCCAUAUGGAGCAGCCCACUAUGGCACAGAAAUGAAAGUCUCGCUCUCUCCCUCCCUCCCUCCCUCCCUCCCUCCCUCCCUCCAGGCUCUGGGGGUGUGCAGUCAUAGUGACCGUGCUGCUCUGAAGGGAAGGCUGAAGGAGAUGAGGAAGACUCUGGAGAGGGAGAGAGAGGAGAAGGAAUGUGAGAAAAGGAGAAUGAAGGAGGUGAUAGAAAGAGAGAAGAGGAGCAAGGAGAUUGAAGGAAAGGAGGAGAAGGAGAGAAAGGAUGCCAGGCGUAGUGGUAAAAAGGUCCGAACCGAGUCCCUCUGCUAAAGUCUGGACCCUGACCUCUAACCCCUAAACCCAGAAAUGAUCUUCAAUCACAACUUUUUGUCUAAGUCCUACUACUAUUAGGCUCGUCUCAUGCAGUCCAGCCUUUAGACAAUCAGCUAUAGUCUCUCUCUCUAUUAUAAGCUCUCUACCAGCACAGAAAUGUCAGUCUUACUGUAAGUCUUCAAUGUGACUAGUGAAAUAUACUUUUUAUCUGUUUUGUAACUUUAUGUCAGACGUUUCUAUAUGAAUAUUGAACAGUUGAUGGCAAUGAAGCACUCAAUUAUUUUAAGCUGGGAAUAUUUUACAUGCA